GGCCUCAUGGAGGCCAGUGGCCCCGGGACCUGCGGAGGAGGGGCUGAGACCCGGGGCUCGGAGGGGCGGCUGGCACCUGAGUCGAGGGUACACUUCCGAGUGACAAGGUUCAUCAUGGAGGCAGAUAUAGAGGCAGGAGAAGUAGACGGCAGAGGAAAAGGCCAUGUGAUGAUGGAAGCACAGUUAGAAGAUGCUGCACUGCUGGCUUUGAAGCUGGAGGAAGAGGCCACGAGCCAAAGAUUGCAGGCACCUCUAGAAACUGGAAAGGGCAAGGAAAUGGAUUCUCCCCUGGAACCUCCAGAAGGAACCGGCCCUGUGUCAAGCUAGGGAUGCGGUCCAUCCCCAUCGCCACCGCCUGUACCAUUUACCAUAAAUUCUUCUGCGAGAUCAACCUGGACGCCUACGACCCCUACUUGGUGGCCAUGUCUUCCCUUUACUUGGCCGGCAAAGUGGAGGAACAGCAUCUGCGCACGCGUGACAUCAUCAAUGUUUCCAACAGGUACUUCCACCCGGGCAGUGACCCCUUGGAGCUGGACUCGCGCUUCUGGGAGAUCCGGGACAGCAUCGUACAGUGCGAACUGCUCGUGCUGCGGGUCCUGCGUUUUCAGGUCUCCUUCCAGCACCCGCACAAGUACCUGCUCCACUACCUGGUCUCGCUCAAGAACUGGCUGAACCGUUACAGCUGGCAGCGGACCCCUGUCUCCGUUACCGCCUGGGCUUUGCUACAGGACAGCUACCACGGGGGGCUAUGCCUCCGCUUCCGGGCUCAGCACAUAGCCGUGGCAGUAAUCCACCUGGCCCUACAAGCCUAUGGGGUUGAAGUGCCUGCUGAGGCCGAGGCCGAGAAGCCAUGGUGGCAGCUCAUUGUCCCUCCUCGUCCUGGAAUGAGAUUCCAUGUGUUUAGUGAAGACCUUACCAAGCCAACCAUUGAUAACAUUGUGUCUGAUCUCAUUCAGAUUUAUACCAUGGACACAGAGAUCCCCUAAAGCCCUGGUCCAGGCCUCCCCAAAGAGAAGCCCGGGACGCUUGGCAGCCUGGGGACAGCACCGCCAAAGGGCCGUGAAGGCCAGCCCCCAGAGGACCAGCUGGGAGGGCUGGUGAAGGCGAUGACUGUCCCCAGCAGCUGUGGUCGGGACAAUGACGAGAGUCACGCCUUCAGCGGGCAGGCUGAGAGUAUACUGCGUGAGGUGGCUCAAGGCCAGUCGCCGCGUCAACAUUUGUGCUUUGAGAGGACCUGACUGCCGUUGAAGAGUGAUGUCAUCAGCAGGAAAAUCUAAGAAGCUAUGGGACUGCACCCCUGGGGAUUUUUUAAAAGCCAGAUUUAUAGAAAGUAUGAACGAAUGUUCAACAUAGAUGGAAUUUUAUUUUGUGUAAUAAAAGA